AGAUGCCUUAUCGCCGUUAGACCCUUUUGAAGCAAUCGCCCAUUUCUUCUAAGCAAUGGCUGAGUCGAGAGAUAGACUCGUGAGAAACGUUGAUUUAGCGGAAGUCUUUGCUCGAAGACGGAUUGGGCAUUUGAGAAUCCUCUCGCAAGAAGCGAUGGAGCUUUUAGGCGGCUCCCCUGUUACUCGUAGGCCAAUGGGUGUUGCCGGUGCUACUCUUUCGACGGCACGUGUAGGAGGGUUCCGCCGGGGUAGCACUUUGAGGACUCCAAGAAGUGUAAGACGUGGCCGGACUCCGAGAGCUAAUGUUCCGGGGACUCCCGGUCCCUUGGGCCGUGGUAGGGGUAGAGGUACGGGUAGUAUAUUACCUUCUUGGUAUCCAAGAACUCCUCUCCGGGACAUAACCGCUGUUGUAAGGGCCAUUGAAAGGAGGAGAGCUCGGUUAGGAGAUGGUGAAAAUCAAGUUUUUGAGACCCCAAGUGCCCCAAAUGAAAGUGUUCUUAACUCAAACAUAUCAUCGGUUGCUUCACUCGAGCACAAUUUCUCCACACCAGCUUCAACCGUUAAAUUGAAGCCUCGCCCUCCACCGAUCCAGACUGUGUCAAAGAUUCUGCUUAAUGUUGCCAAUAAAAAACCUGAUGAAUCAGCAGGGGAGCUUCUUACUACACCCCAAAGGAAGCUGUUGAACUCCAUUGACACAGUGGAGAAAGCUGUGAUGGAGGAGUUGCAGAAAAUGAAGAGGACCCCAAGUGCUAAGAAAGCUCAAAGGCAAAACAAGGUCCGGACAUUAAUGUCGAUGCGGUGAUGCUGUAUACCAUAAGAAAACCACCUCUCGGUGCAAGUCUUGAACCCGGCUGAUCAUCCUCUGAUGAUAUGUUUGCAUUCUUGGGGCAAAUUUUCCUUCAAUACUUGCUGAAGGGUCCUGAUAUAAAAAUU